CCCCAUGACAGCAUGGAGUGGACCUCAAAGGGCCAGUUCGUGAAGGCGAGCCCUCACGAGCGCCUCUUCUCUGACGUCUCGAUCAGGCCUGGCGGCGGCGUGGGGGAGCCGUGGUAUGGUCGUGUCCUGGUGCUUUUCCAUUACCAGGAUGGGGAGGUGGAGAAGCGCGGGGCGUUCAUCCAGUACUACACCGAGGCGCAGAAGCCUUGCCCCAUCACCAGGUGCAAGCGCCUGACGCCAACCUUGGGCAUCGACAACUAUGCCGUUGUGGACGUGGACAGCAUCCUGAGCCUUGCACAUGUGGUUCCGUGCUGCACGGACCCGAAGUACCGGCUCGUUAACCGGUUUCUUUUCUGAACCACCGGUUGCGCUCUUAUUUAUGCAUGACUUUGUUUAAAUUGACCUUGUCUUAGAGGUUGACAAUUGAGUGACUCG